UCCCCAAAUCGCAAUCGCGUAGAUCGAGAGAUGGCGGCGACCGUCGGCGAGUUAGAUCGGUUCGAGGAUCUGUCUGUGUCGUCAGGGACGAAGAAGGGGUCGUCUUUCUGGGAGGAGGAGGCGGCACCCAAGCCGACGCGUCGUGGUGGAGACAAGGGGUCUGCCAAGGCCGAGGUGCCCAAGCCGUCGCGUCGUGGCCGACGGAAGGCGGCAGGAGAGCAGGAGAAGGAGGCGGUGGUCAUGCCAGGGCGCCAUGGUCGACAGAAGGCCUGUUCGCAGGGGGAGGCGGGCAAGGGCAAGGGCAAGAAGGGUCCUCUUCCUCCGGCCAAGAACAUGAUGUCUGAAGAGGAUGUGAUGUACAUCCUGUCCUGGGAAAGGCGCGAGCCCUACAGCCGGAAGAAUAACAAGGCCGCCGGCUUCUUCAACCGGUUGAAUAAUGAACUCUUCGAGUACCAGCAGGAGAUCAGGGAUGAGUUUGAGGAGAAGGGCUACGUCGAGAUCCCAGACAACUUCGAGGAAGACAACAAGCGAAUCAACCUUGAAGCUUACAGGAUUGCCUACCUCAAGGUGUUUGGCACCGAACCGCCGGCUAAGAUCUAGUCUGGAUGAAGUGGAUCGGAGGAGCUUCGUUAUUUCAUUACUUGCCGUCUAGUAGUACGUACGAUUUGUUAACUGAAACACUGUAAUUAAGUAGUAAAUCCUAUCUAUGUACAGUACUAGUAUUUGAGCAAAAGUGGUGCUUGAAAUCCA